AGUGGUUCUAGAAGAGACAACCAAAAUCUUCCCGUUAUCGUAAUAAAGCGGAGUUCUAGGAUUUCUUGCUGUGAAAUGUACACAGACACCAAGAAUCUUUUCAGAUAGCUGCUGUCAGAGGUGACGGAAUUAGGAGGCUGUUAUGGUUUAAGUGCCCGAACGAGCAGGGUCUUGUACACUGCUAGGCUCCUCAAUCUUUUAAUCAGCUGUGGAAAGAAGACAUUGUCGUGGUUAGCUAGACACCAUGUUGUGUUGGGGUAAUGCCUCCUUUGGUCAGUUGGGGUUAGGAGGAAUUGAUGAAGAAGUAGUGAUUGAGCCCAGGAGUUGUGAAUUCUUCCAAGUAAAGAAAGUUAGAGAUGUGGGCUGUGGACGUCGGCAUACAGUGUUUGUUCUGGAUGAUGGGACUGUGUAUACAUGUGGUUGCAAUGAUCUUGGUCAGCUGGGUCAUGAGAAAGGCAGAAAAAAACCAGAACAAGUUGGGGCCCUGGAUGCUCAGAAUAUUGUAACUGUUUCAUGUGGAGAAGCUCACACCCUAGCUCUGAAUGGCAAAGGACAGGUUUUUGCCUGGGGUCUAGCAUCUGAUGGACAGCUUGGGUUAUCAGGAGCAGAAGAAUGCAUACGUGUGCCAAAAAACAUCAAGAGCUUGUCUGAAAUCCAGAUUGUCCAGGUAGCCUGUGGGUACUAUCAUUCUCUUGCAUUAUCAAAAGACAGCAAGAUAUUCUCAUGGGGUCAGAAUAAAUAUGGACAACUUGGAUUGGGCAUGGAAUCAAAAAGUCAAUCUUCUCCACAGCAUAUCAGAUCCCUUCUUGGUAUUCCUUUUGGCCAGAUAGCCGCUGGAGGUGCCCAUGGAUUUGCACUCACGCUCUCAGGGGCCAUCUUUGGAUGGGGGCGCAAUAAUUUUGGACAACUGGGUGUCAAUGAUGAUAAGGAUAGAUAUGCUCCAGUACUUUUGAAGUCAUUAAGGACACAGAAAGUAAUUUACGUAUGCUGUGGAGAAGAUCAUACUGCUGCACUUACCAAGGAAGGCGGUGUAUUUACAUUUGGUGCUGGAGGAUAUGGUCAGUUGGGUCAUAACACUACCAGUCAUGAAGUAAACCCUAAGAAGGUCUUUGAAUUAAUGGGAAGUGUUGUCACACAGAUUGCCUGUGGUAGACAGCAUACAUUGGCAUUUGUUCCUUCAUCUGGAAGAAUUUAUGCUUUUGGCCUAGGAGGAAAUGGACAGUUGGGUACUGGAUCUACUAGCAACCGAAAGAGUCCUUUCACAGUUAAAGACAACUGGCUGCAACAUAAUAGCCAGUGCGGGCCUGAUAUAAAUAUUGGCAACUGUUGCUGUGUCAAGAGAAUUUUUGCUGGAGGAGACCAAAGCUUUGCACAUUUUUUUCACCAUAAGAAUUCUUUGCUUCCAGAUGAUUUCAGAAAUCCUGAACCAAGCAAGCAAAUAUUGACAUUAAAUGAAGAAACUAUUGAAAGGUGGUUAAGUCAAUCACAAGGAAGACAUUCAUUUGAGAUAUUAGGUGAAGUAGAAAUGGUUUUGUCUUCUGCAAGUUGCAUCAAUGGAAGUUUCUUAUCAUUAAGUAAUCCUGACCAUUACAAAACUAGCUCCAAAUUCUCAGGGGUAGAUAUGAAUGCAGCACGGCUUCUAUUUCACCGACUUGUACAAGCUGAUCACUCACAGAUCUCCAAACAGGUUGCAGCCAGUCUUGAAAAAAAUCUUAUUCCACAUCUGAAUAGUUCUCCUCCUGAUAUUGAAGCUCUUCGUUUGUACCUCACACUUCCUGAGUGCCCACUCUUGAGUGACCCCAAUAACUUUAUUACAUUAGCUAUCCCUUUUGGUUUGGCUAUUGUCGCCCUGCAAGAUACAGCUCGGAAAGUCUUAGAAAACUGGUGGUCGAUGCUUGAACCUCCUGCUUUCCUAAGAAUGGUUGAGUUGUACAAGGAAGUAGUCAUGAGCCUUCUGAAAACGCAGAAGAUUGGAAUUCCUCAUUCUGAGCAGCCCAUCUUCAAUAGGUUCCUACAUGCUGCCUUGAAGGUCCUGGAGAUAUUUCACAGGGUUAAUGAAAAAGCCUCACAAAUCAUCCAGUAUGAUAAAUUCUAUAUUCAUGAGCUGCAGAACCUUCUGGACAUUAAAAAUGAUUACAUAACGUGGAUCCAGCAGCAGAUGUAUGGCAUGGAUCUCAACCAUGGACUGGAGAUGCCGGUUACAAUUUGCACAUAUCCUUUUGUCUUUGAUGCCCAAGCUAAAACCACUUUGUUGCAGACAGAUGCUGUUUUCCAAAUGCAGAUGGCUAUGGAUCAGGCUCACCGACAAAACUUCACUUCAUUGUUUGUGCCGGUACUUGAAUCAGUAAAUCCCUGUCUGAUGAUUAUAGUGAGGCGAGAAAAUAUUGUCGAAGACACCAUGGAGGUCUUAAGGAAAACAAAGAAUGUGGACUACAAGAAACCUCUUAAGGUCAUUUUUGUUGGUGAAGAAGCUGUGGAUGCAGGUGGUCUUCGAAAAGAAUUCUUUCUCCUUAUAAUGAGAGAGCUUCUCGAUCCAAAGUAUGGCAUGUUUAGAUAUUAUGAAGAGUCUAGACUCAUAUGGUUUGCUGAUAAGACCUUUGAAGAUAUUGAUUUGUUCCACUUAAUUGGUGUAAUCUGUGGCCUUGCUAUUUAUAAUUUGACAAUUGUAGACCUUCAUUUCCCUUUGGCACUGUAUAAGAAGCUGCUAAAUAAACCUGCAACAAUAGAUGACCUCAAGGAGCUGAUGCCAGAUGUAGGGAGGAGUAUGCAGCAGCUACUGGAUUAUCCAGAAGAUAAUGUGGAGGAAACCUUCUGCUUGAAUUUUACUAUCACUGUGGAAAAUUUUGGUGCAACAGAAGUUAAAGAGCUUGUUCUCAAUGGUGCCAACAUUUUUGUGAAUAAUCAAAACAGGCAAGAAUUUGUCGAUGCAUAUGUUGACUAUGUGUUUCAUGCAUCUGUGGCCCACUUGUUUGAUGCCUUCAGUGAUGGAUUCCAUAAAGUCUGCGGUGGAAAAGUGCUUCAACUCUUUCAGCCCAGCGAGCUUCAGGCAAUGGUGACUGGAAACACCAACUAUGACUGGAAGGAGCUUGAGAAGGCCACUGAAUAUAAGGGAGAAUAUUGGGCUGAACAUCCAACCAUCAGGCUCUUCUGGGAAGUGUUCCAUGAACUUCCUUUGGAAAAGAAAAAGAAAUUCCUUUUGUUUUUGACAGGAAGUGACCGAAUUCCAAUCCUUGGCAUGAAGAGCUUGAAACUCGUCAUCCAGCCGACAGGAGGUGGAGAGCAGUACCUGCCCGUGGCACACACUUGCUUUAACCUUCUUGAUCUGCCCAAAUACACGGACAAAAGCACACUUCAGACCAAGUUAAUACAAGCCAUCAAUCACUACGAGGGGUUCAGUUUAAUAUAAUAGAAAACAAUACAAAGAUAAAUGUGUUUUGCCUAAAAGCUAGAGACUUCACUUUGCCUUUUUAUUGUUUGUCAACUCAAAGGUAGUUAUUUUUCUAAUGACCACCUGAAUCUGCAACAACAUAGACUGGAAAAGUGCCUUAUGAGGUGCACUAGACGAAGAACAGAUGCAGUCGGAGCCUUGGGAAAGGAUGUCCCAACCAGAACUGCUCACAUGGGGUUCAUUGGACUGCCAGAAGUGAAGUAUGGACGUGUCUGUAUGUCUGUCUGGCCGUUAGCAUUCAACAUAUCAUGGGAACCCGGGGACAGGAGCUGCAUUGUCAGGCUCUUGUAGAUUCUUAAUAUCUAAAUGAAAUUGGAAAUGGGAUUAAGACUUUUUUGUCUUCUUAAAAAAAUCAUAAAGACAUGUUUUGUGCUUUGAUAA